CGCACAGUGGGAAGUCGGGGAAGACUGGUCAGACCACGAGCGCGAUCUCCCCCAAAACUCACCUCGCCGUCCCCGCAUCUCGACCUCGCCGGCGGCGGAACACGAUGUCGACGGUCCGGAGGUUCGGGAUGGCGGCGGCGGCCGCCGCGUUCAUCGCCUUCGCGGCCUUCGGAUCCGCCUCGGCGUCCAAGCCGGCCUCCUUCGUCAAAUCCACCGUCAAAGCCCACGACGUCGUCAUCUUCUCCAAGUCCUACUGCCCGUAUUGUAGAAGGGCGAAGGCUGUGUUCAAGGAGCUUGAACUGAAGAAGGACCCGUACGUCGUCGAGCUCGAUGAGAGAGAGGAUGGUGGGGACAUCCAGGAUGCCUUAGCCGACAUGGUUGGCAGACGCACUGUUCCUCAAGUGUUUAUCCGUGGAAAGCACUUGGGAGGCUCUGACGAUACUGUCGACGCGUACGAAAGUGGGAAGCUGGCUAAACUUCUGGACCUUGCUGUCAAGGACGAUCUUUGAAUCGUAGUUUAGCUCCAAUCUGGCCCCUCUUGCUUUGAGGUUACCAAGUCCAACUCUGAAUUAACGUUUGCGCAGAACCUAUCACCAGGAUUUCGUGUCACCGUAUAAACCGUUUUAACUGUACUUUGUGGCAAUUACUCUGUUAUCUUUCA